AUGUCCUCAUCAAAUAUGGUAAACACAUUAAUGGAACAAAUAAAACAUGUACUUCUUCGCCUAAUUAAAUAUUCAAUCAAAUGGAAGCAACCAAUCAACUUCAGUAAAACAAAUUGGAUACUAUUUUAUCGUCAAGUUGUUCCACUAAUUCCAAAUAUUGUGUGUGAAAGACCCAAUAUUGAACAUGUCAAGAAAUUCAAAUAUCUUGGUACAAUAUUAGACGCUAAACUAUCAUUUACUGAACAUAUUGAUUACAUCGAAGCAAAAUUUCGCAUCAAUAUGAGUAUAUACAAACGACUAGCUCCCACUCGUAUGAUGAGUGAACAAAUUAAUUAUAAACUGUACAAUGCAUUCACUAGACCGUAUCUUCAAUCAAUACUUAAUUUUUUUCCUAUUCUUUCGCUUACUAAACAGAGACAAUUUGAAGGAAUAAAUCGAAAAAUCUUUAAACCAAUACAUCAAUGA